CCUUUCUAUAUAAUCAGUGGCAUCCCCUAUCCUGGACAGUCCCUGAAUAGUCCAUUCUCCUUCAUUCCAUCCCUUUUCACCUGUCCAGUCGGUUCUGUUCUGUCUCCCUAUCAAAGGCGACGAAAACGCGGCUCUGCAAAGCUUUGAGCUGGAGACGGGCAAGGCGGGAUAAGAAGAAAACUCGAAAUAGAUUGCCACGAGGUGUCGCCACGCGAAAUCUCCACUAAAAAGUCUCAGUCAAAUCCAGCCCGUCUGCUGUUUCACGGCCGGCCGACGCCUCGUUAUGGCUGCUGAUCAAGCCACAACGCCCAGCGGGCGAAUCAGCUCAGACGACACAGUCGAUGCUGCGCACAGCAGCGACGGCGAGCUCAAGGGUGUCGAAGCUGGUGUUGGUGUUGAUACCAGCAGAGGAUUGGGAGACAAGGAAAUUGGCAUCUCGUCAGUCGAAAAGGAGGAUGAGGCAUCGGCGUCGGCAUCAACAACGACUCCCGCUGUCGAGGGACCUCCCACGCAGCAGCCGCCAGCAGAUGAGCCCGAGGCUGGACGGACAAAGGUCGAGACCGCCCUCGUCAUCUUCGCCCUGUGUCUGGCGCUGUUCCUGGCCGCUCUGGACAUCACCAUCAUCACCACCGCCAUCCCGACCAUCUCCAACCACUUCAACUCCAGCGCCGGCUACGUCUGGAUCGGAAGCGCUUACAUGCUUGGCAACGCCACGUUCGUUCCGACAUGGGGCAAGAUUUCCGACAUCUUCGGCCGCAAGCCCACCCUCAUCGCUGCCGUUUCCAUCUUCUGGAUUGGGUCGCUGGUAUGCGCCCUGAGCACCAGCAUGGGCAUGCUGAUUGCUGGCCGUGCCAUUCAGGGUGUUGGCGGUGGCGGCGCCAUCGUCCUGCCCAACAUCUGCGUCUCCGAUCUCUUCUCUAUGCGCAAGCGCGGCAUGUACUUUGGCAUCUUUGGCAUGAUUUGGGCCCUUGCUUCAUCCAUCGGACCUAUUCUCGGUGGUGUCUUCACCAGCAAGGUCUCUUGGCGCUGGUGCUUUUAUAUCAAUCUGCCUUUGAGCGGCGUUGGACUCAUCAUCCUCAUCUUCGUUCUCAAGUUGCACAACCCUCGCACGCCCAUCAAGCAGGGACUGGCAGCCAUUGAUUGGCUUGGUAAUCUUCUCAUCAUUGGCGGUACACUCAUGCUGCUCUUUGGACUCGAGUUUGGCGGUGUUCAGUUCCCCUGGGACUCCGCUGCCGUCAUUUGCCUACUCAUCUUUGGCGUCGUAACAAUCGUCCUCUUUGGCAUUUAUGAGGCCCGUUUCGCCAAGUAUCCCGUUAUGCCCGCUCGGCUUUUCCGUGAUAGGACCAGCAUUGCCGCUUACGGCGUCUCUAUCUUGCAUGCCAUGACAUUCAUCUCCGGCAGCUACUGGCUUCCCUUGUACUACCAGGCUGUUCUGGGCGCUUCGUCUCUUCUCUCUGGUGUCUAUCUCCUGCCAUACGCCUUGUCUCUAUCCGUCUUGUCGGCCGCAACGGGCAUCUUCAUCAAGAAGACGGGCAACUACAAGAUCCCCAUCAUAUUUGGACUCAGCUUCAUGACCCUUGGUUUUGGUCUCCUUAUUGAUUUGGGUGCCAAUGCAAACUGGGCCAAGAUCAUCAUCUUCCAGAUCAUUGCCGGUAUUGGUGCUGGCCCCAUCUUCCAGUCUCCUCUCAUUGCCCUUCAGACCAACGUUGAGCCGCGCGAUAUUGGAGCCGCUACUGCCAGCUUCCAAUUUCUGCGUCAGCUUGGAACGUCCACCUCUGUUGUCAUUGGCGGUGUCAUCUUCGACAACGAGAUGCAAAAGCAGCAGGCAUAUCUGAUUCGCGAGCUUGGGCCCGAGCUGGCCAGCAAGCUUUCCGGUGCCGAGGCCGCGUCGAGUGUGUUUUUAGUCGCCGGCCUGAAGGGUCACCAGCGAGACGUUGCCAAAACCGCCUACUGGAACUCCAUGCAGAAAAUGUUCAUCGCCUACACCUGUUUCAUCUUUCUUGGCCUCCUCAUUAGCUUCUUUAUCAAGCAGAAGACGCUCAGCAAGCAACACACUGAGCACAAGACGGGUCUUGCAUCGCUUAAGCAAGAAAUGAAGCAGAAGCAGCCCGAUGCCGAGAAGGCUGUGGGCGCUACUGAGGAAAAAUGAAAACAACAAAAGCAUACAUGUCCGCUUUUCGAUACCAAUUUUUUUUAAUGCCUCGUUUUUUUUUUUCUAUCUCACAUUGGAUUACGGCGUUGAUGAUACUUUUGGAAAAUGGGAAGAUGAAUGGAAGAAGACUUUUGGCGCUUCACGACAAUAGAUGUCCUUUUCAACAUGCCUCUUCUCUUGGCUAUAUUGCUGUUUUGCUGUAGAUUUUGCAUAUAGGCUAAGACCAACACCACUAUAUAAUGAUGUCAAUAAAAAGAAAUGAGACACUUGACGA